AACAGAACAACGUUAUUCCGAGGCCAAGAGCUUGUUUCACCAUUUAUUCUCUGUAUGUCACUGUGGUAUAUAAGUGCUGCUGUGGGUAAAAGAAGAAAUAACAUUAUAUUCAUUCCCUGCAUUCAUCUCAAGACACGUCCUGAAAUUUAAACAUUUGAUAGUGCUCUCUUAUUUUGUAUUGACUCACUUCACUUUUUCCCCCAUGGAAGUCUGUCCGUCUGGGGACACUCCACUGACACGAUCCAUUGGGACUUGCUGCAGAUAUUUCCGAGAUGAUCCCCCCAAAGGAGAUUUCCCUGUUCAGAAGAAAUCCCCGAAACUCUGUGGCUCCAACUACCCCCUAAGCAUUGCCUUCAUCGUGGUGAAUGAGUUCUGCGAGCGCUUCUCCUACUAUGGCAUGAGAGCUGUCCUGACACUAUACUUCUUAAGCUUCUUCCACUGGGAUGAGAAUCUCUCCACCGCUGUGUAUCAUGCCUUUUCUGCGCUAUGCUAUUUCACACCUGUUAUUGGAGCCAUCAUGGCAGACUCAUGGCUGGGGAAAUACAAGACGAUCAUUUACCUCUCCAUUGUGUAUGUUGUUGGCCAUCUGAUAAAGUCAGUCGGUGCAAUUCCAUCCCUAGGCAACCAGGUGGUUCAUGUGAUCCUGUCUAUGGUUGGUCUGUUUUUGAUCGCCCUUGGAACGGGAGGUAUCAAGCCCUGUGUCUCUGCAUUUGGUGGGGACCAGUUUGAAGAGGAACAUACCUCGGAGAGAAGCAAGUUUUUUUCCAUCUUCUAUUUAUCCAUUAAUGCUGGAAGUUUGAUCUCCACGUUUGUAACUCCUGUAUUAAGAGGGGAUGUGAAAUGCUUUGGAGAGGAUUGUUAUGCACUGGCUUUUGGUGUCCCAGCAGCAUUGAUGGUGUUGGCGCUUGUUGUAUUCAUUGCUGGAAGUGGACUGUACAGAAAAACACCACCACGAGGGAACAUCUUAUUGGAAGUGUGUAAAUGCAUCGGUUUUGCUAUUAAAAACCGUCUGAAAAACCGCUCCAGUCAGAUUCCAAAGAGAGAUCACUGGCUGGACUGGGCAUCAGAAAAAUACUCGAAACAGCUGAUUGGGGAGAUUAAAAUGGUGACACGAGUUCUCUUCCUCUUUAUACCACUGCCAAUGUUCUGGGCCCUGUUUGAUCAGCAGGGAUCCAGGUGGACUUUGCAAGCCACAAAAAUGAAUGCUGAUUUUGGAAUAUAUGUCCUUCAGCCUGACCAAAUGCAGUUCUUAAAUCCACUUCUUAUUCUUGUCUUCAUCCCCAUUUUUGACCUUGGGCUCUAUCCCCUGAUAAACAUGUGCAAAUUUAAUUUCACACCAAUUAGGAAAAUGGCAACAGGUAUGAUCCUUGCAGGGAUGGCGUUUGGACUUGCAGCUAUUGUAGAAGUCAAAAUAAAUGAAACUGAUAUGCCUCGACUUGUCUCAGAAGAAAGUUUAAUUCGGGUCCUGAAUUUGGCAAAGAACCCUGUUCAAGUGACAAUCCAAGACAAGGACUUAUUUCAGCAGCCUGUGGAGGCUUUUCAGAACCCAGCUGAGUACUCAAAAUUAGUAUUGAAUGGAGAGCAACAGAGCCUUCGCUUCACCCUGCAAUAUCAAGGAUUGUCUCUUCCUUUUAACUACACCAUGAAGGAAAAAUCAGUAUACAGCUUAAUUGUUUUUGAGGCAGGAGGAAACCUAUCAAGCCGCUUAAUUACAGAUUUGGAAGCAAAGCCAGAAAAUGGUUUGGCAGCUGUUAGAUUCAUUAAUGGUUUGAACCAAGAUGUCAACCUCACCAUUGACAGCAAAUGGUUCAUUGCUGUUCAGAGAAACUACAGUGCUUCUGAGUACUCGCUGCUAGAGAGGGACAAAUAUAAUAAUGGAAAAUGCAUAACUGAAAUGGGAGAGUUUCCCCUGGAGCUAGGGCUGCUUGACUUCGGCGCGUCAUACACCAUUGUGAUAACUAACGUUUCUGGAGGUGCUGUUAAGACAUGGAAGUCAGAAGACAUAAAGGCCAACAAUGUCCAUAUGGCUUGGCAGUUACCACAAUACUUAUUAAUAUCUGCUGGGGAGGUGAUGUUCUCCAUUACAGGUCUGGCCUUCUCCUAUUCUCAGUCUCCGGCCAGCAUGAAGUCGGUGCUGCAGGCAGGCUGGCUGCUCACGGUGGCUGUUGGGAAUACCUUUGUGCUCGUUGUUGCCCAAGCUGCACCAAUGGCACAGUGGGCUGAAUUUGUCUUGUUCACUGUUCUCCUCUUUGCUGUGUGCAUUAUUUUCUCCAUCAUGGGAUAUUUCUAUGUCAGUGUGGAUCCAGAGGACCUAGAAGAAAAGGAAGAGAAGAGAGAGUCCCCAAGCAGAGGAAACAUGAUUAGUCUUGUUACUCAAAAAACAAAGCUCUAACACAUGAUGGGUUGGGAUUUUUUUUUUAAUCAGAAGAUGGGAGGGUAAAAGAAGGGUGGGGAAAAUGUUCUUUUAUUUUAUAGCAUUGUAGUCUUUAUUACUCAAAAUGUAGCCAUCUUCUAAAUGGGACAAAAUAGCCCUUUAUAAAAACAGUGGGGGUGCUAAAAUCAGAGCAAAACUCCCUGGGAAAGCUCCUCUGGUAUUAAAAGCCCUCAAGUAAAUACAGUGUAAUUUAAAACCUGUCUAUUUUUUUUAAGUAUAGGAUGCUUUCCUAUGAUUUGGUUUUAAACAUAUACUUAGGGCAGCAGGGAGGAAGGGUGGAAGGAAUGCCAUACGACAGCAAAUUUGGAGAUGCUGAGAGAAAAGAAUGAAAACUCAUUACAGGAACUGGGGAAGAAUAGACGUUACUGACAGGAGAACUUUUAAUGCUGUCACCGAGGACUGGAAGUGUUACAGUCCCAAAGGCUUUUAUCAUGUAACUCUCCUUACGAGUAUUUCACCCCAUUAUUGCAUAUUAUGAAUGGUCCUGAUUUAUGACUUUCACCUCCAGGCUCAGAAGUAAUAACAGGGAAUUAAAUUCUGCAGGCUAAAAUAUUCCCCAAACGCUACUGAAGAAGAUGUGUAUGCCACCAUCUCUCCGAUACUGACUUUUUUUUUCCUAGGAAGUUUAGCAACUGGUGGUUUCUUUGAAUAUAUGUGAUUAGAGAAUUGGUUUACACUUUGUUAUUUCAGAAAUCCAGGCAGUUACUUGCCAUCUUCCUAUAUAUUCUUUAUUGAGCAUUUCCUUUUACAGCACUUGCCACUGCAAGUUAGGAUAAGGCUGAUUUCUUAUCUCAUCCUUCAGUUAUUCCCUACCGAGAGACACAUUGUGGCAGUGUCUAUAAAAUUCCAGACAUCCUGCAGAGAGUUAAACAAGGAUGCAUUUUAUCAUCUUUUCAGUCUACAAGAGAAGACCAUAGGAGAUUUUUCUUUUUCCGCCCUGUUUUUGUGUCUCUCUACUAAACUUUGGAUAUAGUUAUUUUAUCAGAAGUGUGAUAUAACUGUCUGAUUUUCCUGGGUUGUGUGAAUCUGUGAUUUCACAUUCUGCAUAGAAGUAAUUCAACCAUUGCUGAUCUAGUAAAACUCCCGAGGCAGUCUCUGCCUUCGUCUGUCCUCCAAGGCUGCAGUUGUAACAGGUAUGUCCUAAUUUACAAGAAGUUGUCAAUAGGAUCUUCAGGUUCACAGAGAAUAGAUACUAAAUGAUGCCUUCCUUUUCUAUCUUGGCAUUGGCCAUAAUUGUUUGCUGAUGCUUUGAUUCAGGAGAUUACAAAAUACAUGUUAAUUUAACUCGUGUUCAGGACAGUGCUAGGGAAUACACUUAGUUUGACACCUCUGCUACUUUAAUGUGCUGCUUUGUGUAUGUGUGUCUUCUCCGGCGAGACUGAGAAAACCCCACUUUUUGGUUUAUAACUGGAAGACUCACAGCCUAAGAUU